AUGGCGUGGAAAAGCCUGCUUACCAAGAACCUGCAGGAGCUAAGAGACUUCAUCUUUGGGAGCUACAAGGACCUGAAGAAGGCCAAUCCCAACUUCCCCAUCCUGAUCCGUGAGGCUUCUGGAGUGGAGGCCAAGCUCAUUGCACGAUACGACCUGGGGGUAGAGAAGACGGUGAGCAUUGACGGUCUUCCAGCCGCUGACAUCAGCAAGCAGCUAGAAGCAUUGGUGACAAAGGCAUAG